AUGGACUAUGUCGACGACGCGAAAGAGAGUGCGAAAACAUGCGGGAACAACAUGACGUUGGAGGCCUGUGUCAGCGUCAUCGGUGGUGUGAUCGGGUUCAUCCUCAUUGCUACAUUGAUCUGGUAUUACUUCUGCAAGUACAGACCUCGGAAAAGGGCAGAACGACGAGAUACCACCGAAGCAGAUGCAGAGGAAAAGCAGAGGAAGAGGGACGAGGCGCUCAAAAGUAAAGGGGCAGAAUUGGCCAUGGCUCAUCAUCAAUCGAGAAUAUUAGCGAGCAUCACAGGGUUGGAGAAUAAGCGUGCAUCGGAACUGGCAGUUUAG